UGCUCCAAUAUCAGUAUGGGUGUGGUGGUAAUCCCGGUAUGAAUUGGUCAGAUUCGCGUCAAAAUUUGGCGCCUGCGGCCUUGUUGUUUUUCUGGACAUAACAAACGACACACACAAAAAUGAGCGAAUUACAUUUUUAAAGCAAUCUACUAAAGCAUGACUAGGAACUGACGGAAGGUCUGGCGGAUCUUGAGAGCUAUCAACAGUAGGCCUGCGUGUUUAUCAGCGUGAGAAGUGAAGCGGGAGUGAAACCCUCAGCGGAGGAUCAUGAGCGAGCUGGAGCAGUUGCGGCAGGAGGCCGAGCAGCUGCGCAAUCAGAUCCGAGAUGCCAGGAAAGCAUGCAGCGAUUCCAGUUUGUCCCAGAUCACAGCUGGGCUGGACUCGGUGGGGAGGAUCCAGAUGCGCACGAGACGAACCCUGCGGGGCCAUUUAGCCAAAAUCUACGCCAUGCACUGGGCUACUGAUUCCAGGCUACUAGUGAGCGCAUCUCAAGAUGGAAAACUCAUCAUAUGGGACAGCUACACAACAAACAAGAUCCACGCCAUUCCUCUGCGCUCGUCCUGGGUCAUGACGUGUGCCUACGCUCCAUCUGGGAACUACGUGGCCUGCGGAGGCCUGGACAACAUUUGCUCCAUCUACAGCCUGAAGACCCGUGAGGGCAACGUCAGGGUCACCAGAGAACUACCCGGGCACACAGGUUAUUUGUCGUGCUGUCGUUUCUUGGAUGAUAGCCAGAUAGUCACCAGCUCUGGAGACACCACAUGUGCUCUGUGGGACAUAGAGACCGGUCAGCAGGCCACCAUCUUCUCUGGCCACAGCGGAGACGUGAUGAGUCUCUCUCUGAGCCCGGACUCCAGGAGCUUCGUAUCGGGAGCCUGCGAUGCCACCUCCAAGCUCUGGGACAUCCGAGACGGCAUGUGCAGGCAGUCCUUUACCGGUCACGUCUCCGACAUCAACGCCGUUUGUUUCUUCCCAAAUGGGAAUGCAUUUGCAACCGGCUCAGACGACGCCACGUGUCGCCUGUUCGAUCUGCGUGCUGAUCAGGAGCUCAUGAUGUACUCUCACGACAACAUCAUCUGCGGCAUCACGUCUGUGGCUUUCUCUAAGAGCGGCCGCCUGCUCCUCGCCGGCUACGACGACUUCAACUGCAACGUGUGGGACACGCUGAAGGGAGAACGCGCAGGCGUUUUGGCCGGACACGACAACAGGGUGAGUUGUUUAGGCGUGACCAACGACGGCAUGGCUGUGGCCACUGGCUCAUGGGACAGCUUCCUCAGGAUAUGGAACUGACCUGAUUGGGCAGGACUGGAGAUUGAUGCGCCACUCUGACCAAUCACAGUCACUGUAGCGGCCUGCUUCCACAGAGGAACCCUUUCCCCUUCUUUUAUCCUUCCUUUUCCAGGUGAUCUUCUCUUACUAGAUCCUUUCCCUUUGGCCACGGCGCCAGUCCCACUUCCGGUUUCCAGAGGACGAGCGAGGCAGAGCUCUGGACUCUCUAUCUCUCUCACUUUAUCUUUUCCUCUCUAUCUGUCUUUCUCUCUGUCUCUGUCUAUGGCCUCCUAAUCUGAAAAUCUUAAAGAAUAGACUGUCGUGUAUAUACCAUUUGCUAUUCUCUGUGCUUGUAUGUGAAAUGUACACACUUGCAGUGUUUGGAUGUUGUGCGAAAUUUUUACGGUGGGUGUGUUGGUCGUCCUGAUCGUGUUUUCCUUUUCCCGAUUACGGAUUUUUCUAUGAUUUCAUGUAGUUCUCGCCGGCAACACACACACACACACACACACACACACACACACACACACACGCAGAGGCACUGCCAGCAGUUUGGACUCCUCCAUGAACAAGCUGACCCGCUGUGCGGUUUUUAGGUGCUGAAGUCGACCCGUGCCGCUCAUGGGUCUGUGUUAGAUGUUUGAAGUGUCAGUUUAGGUGAAGGAGCACGUGAGGUGUGUUGGAGAGCAUCAUAUGAUACUUUAAUGCCUUCGUGAUAUGGUCAUUCAGGGCAUUAGUCUGCCUUGGAGCCUCCUGCUCUGCCAUUGUGCCCAUCACGUGUGGAUAGUAUUCGCUCGCCGCUCCAUCGUGUUGAAGGAUUUAACAUUACAGACACUUUAGAUUCUGUCUGUAUUACACUUGUAGUACCAGUAUUGGUCAUGUAUGGCAGAAAAAAGAACCUCAUGAGUAGGCGAUAUGGGUGAUAAGAUAUUGAUAUUGUGAUAUAUUAACAUCAUGUUGGUGUGUUUUUGACUCCAUUGUUAAUCACAAUAAUGUUUCAUUGGCACUUUGUGAGCAAAACUAAAAAGCAUGUACAUACUGUGUAAAAUGUGUGAGAUUUUUACCUUAUACCACAGUACACAGAACAUCUAAUCCAAGCCUAAUAAAAAAUGGAUUAAAAAGUGUGCUAUUUAACAAAGAUCAGUGUCUAAUAUGGCUGUUUCCUGUCAGGAGAUGUUCAUUUAACGUUUAUGGAAGGAGCCUCCAGUGUCAGCGCUUUGUAACAGUCAGUUCAUGAGAAAGUCAUCAGGACAGAGGAGUUUAUCUUUCUCUAACAUGACAAACUGCUUUUUUUUCUUAUUAAGGUCUGAAGAAAGAGGAGAAAAGAGUGGCCGGUGAGGGAACAACUGUUUGUAGCUGCUAUAACGUCUUGUGGAACUAGCUUGUUUCAUGGACAUUCCACAACAUUCAAUUGAACUAGAAACGGAUUAAAAGUGACAGUAACUCUGCAUGCCAACUAGCAGUUCAGUGAGAUAGUGUUAUAAAAAUAAUGCAGAUAGAUUAUAUGAUCCACCAGGUACAACGAGGUACAGGAAAACUGGCAUCACUGAAGGCUUUUUUGUUUAAGCUGUACGAAAAUAGUUUAACAUGCAAAAGAGAGAGAAAAUGAACCAUUUGAUAUGAAAAUCAGCUACUUAUAAUAGUGCACAGCAGCGAAGACUUUGAGUGUUGACGUACUGACAAUUUAUAGACAAUUGUAUUUUUUUUUUUUUUCACAUUUAUUAAUGAUAUGCAGCUGCACUACUGUCAGAGCUGUUGUUCUAGAAAAUGAAUCAGCACCUUCUGACCUGUCAGAUUGGAGGAUUUAACAUCACUGUGGUAUAAGUCACAAUAUCUGUAUCAUAUCGCCCAAUUCCAGUGCCAAAUGUUAAAAAACGCAAAAUGCUAAGGACAGUGUUGUAUUUUGAGGUGCAACUGUGAAACUGUAGCUUGCGUAGAGAACGGUAUUAACACACCACAUAAUGAUAAAUGUUCACGUAUCCACUUAUAACCGAUCCGUGUCACGUGAAGGAUGAGAGAGAGAGAGCAGGAUCUUUACGGUUUUCUACGACCACAAGCUUCAAUGUGUGUGUUUUUGUUUUUGUUUUUUUUUUUCCCCUCACCCAAAUGUGAGAUGAUGUGAGCUUUGGUAUAAAAUGUCACGGACACUCCUUCCUGUGUCGAGAGAAGAAGCCUUAACUGUUGUAGUUCACUUGAAAGUUGACUUAAUUUCAUGCCAGUUAAUAGAAAUGAAGGCUGAUGUUUUUCCACGAGUCCCCCUUUUCCAUGGAGGCUUUACACCACACUUUUUUUUUUUUUUUUUUUUUAAAUAUAUAUUUUGUUGUUUUUGCCUACAGUAUUGAGUCGGUUUUGUUGUAUUAAAUCAUUUAAAUGAUUUUGGUUUCAUUUCUCAUCUACUGUCUGUCUGUUUUGUGUAUGUGUGAAUGUGUUUUAUAAACUACUUCCCGAAUCAAA